AUGUACUCUAUUGCUCUCACAACGCUAUCCUCGCUGUUGAGCAAGUACUCGAUCGAUCCCGCCUCCAUCGGUCGCCUAGAGGUGGGCACCGAAACACUGCUCGAUAAGUCAAAAUCGGUCAAAUCAGUACUCAUGCAGCUGUUCGAAAAGUCUGGCAAUUUCAAUGUUGAAGGUGUCGACACCCUAAAUGCUUGCUACGGUGGGACAAACGCUGUCUUCAAUAGUAUUAACUGGGUUGAGUCAUCCGCUUGGGACGGUCGCAACGCAGUUGUGGUUGCUGGAGAUAUUGCGCUGUAUAAAAAGGGCAAUGCCCGUCCUACUGGUGGUGCAGGCUGUGUAGCUAUGCUUAUUGGUCCGGACGCACCCCUUGCAUUCGAGCCUGGGUUGAGAGGGACAUACAUCACGCACGCUUAUGACUUUUACAAGCCCGACUUGACCAGUGAGUAUCCUGUAGUCGACGGCCAAUUCUCGCUGCGCUGCUACACCGAGGCUGUAGAUGCUUGCUACAAGGCAUACAACGCUCGUGCAGAAGCAUGCAAGCCACAGAUGAAUGGAUCAGCAGUCAUCAACGGCAAUGGUGUUGCUCAUGGAGAAGACAGCAAAUUUCCUCUGGAUCGUUUUGACUAUAUGGCUUUCCAUGCUCCAACCUGCAAGCUUGUCUCAAAGUCUUACGCGCGUCUGCUUUACAACGAUUACCUAUCAGAUCCUUCGCAUCCUCUCUUCGCCGACGUGGCUCCAGAGCUGAGAGAUCUCGAGUACGACGCGUCAUUGACCGACAAGGCAGUUGAAAAAACGUUCCUGGGUCUGACCAAGAAACGCUUCGCGGAACGUGUGCAGCCGAGCAUACAGGUUCCGACGAUGUGCGGGAACAUGUAUUGUGGAAGCGUCUAUGGUGGCCUGGUCAGCUUAGUCAGCAAUGUGGCCCCGAAGACUUUGCAGGGAAAAAGAAUCGGCGUCUUCAGCUACGGCAGCGGCCUAGCAAGCUCGAUGUUCAGUAUGAAGGUUGUUGGGGACACCAGCGAAAUGGCCGAGAAGCUGGAUCUGCAAUCACGACUGGAUGCUCGAAGGACCGUUGCACCAGAAGUUUACGAUGAUAUGUGUGUCCUGCGCGAGAAGGCUCAUCUGAAGAACAACUUCAUUCCCGUAGGAAGCACGGAUACCCUUGCACCCGGCACCUAUUAUCUGACCGAGGUGGAUAACAUGUUUAGAAGGAAGUACGAGAUCAAGGCAUAA